GGCUAUGCAGUAGCCCCAGGGGAAAGAGAUAAGAUACCUUGAGCUACAGCCAAGACCCCAGAGCCCGGCAGAGCUGAGCCAUCAACACCAAUCAGAAGAACGAAUUCUUCCCAUUGAUCGUGAUAAGAUAGGGGUGAAAGGUACCUGUGUGUAUCGGAGAGCUCGCCGGUCCAGGAGGUGGUGCAACAACAAGACAAGCCCAGUGACGCAGUUGCUCGUUCCCUCGUCGACUUUCGCUUCGCCGUACUCUUCAACCAAACCAAACCAUCAAAUCCCCAUUUCCAUCGUCGCUCCCAGCAUAUUCUAUUCUAAUUAUCUCUUUUACAACAUUUUCUUUUCCCACUUACAGUCUUCUUGAACGCUCUUUGUACGGCCUUCAAUUUGCUUGAUCGCCCAAACCACCCCGUAAUUCGAGAGCGCUCGUAGUAGCGCUCUCAAGCCCCAGGUUUCGUCUGAUGGCCGCUUCUGACUUGUUGGUCUCGGACCGCUCGACAGGCAGAGCGUCAUCGUCGGACGAAAGCGAAACGUCCACCAUCCGUACACGCACCCUCGCCGAGCCCUCAACUGCCCUCACCGUCCCCACCGUCGAUCCCAUUGGAACACAGGUAAUUGAAACCGAGAAGAAACACCGUGAAUAUAGUCGCGGCGAGUUGAAGCGUCUGGAUACCAUCGCCGACAAGAAGACUCGGAUUGAACAAGAGGUGGGACAUGCAGCCGGUGGAGCGGGGCCCUGCCCACCUGGGGACUACUCUGCCGGCUUGGAGCUUGAUGAUGAGGACGAAUCUGCUGUGCGCCACCUAGCUAUCGAGAACAGCCCCCUGGCCGGCCGUACCGAGGCUAUAUUGUUGGCAUCCACCGCUGUCAUCUUUUUUGCUAUUCUCUUCAACGAAAAGGCAUGCAGCAAGGUGUUGCUGAUUCCGUCCAUCGCUUUUUUGGUGAUGCUUGGCAGGGUCUUGUCCACCCAUGCAGCCAAUAAUCUCUCCGCCUUGCCAGAUGCACCCCUCCAUUGCGUGACCCAAGGGCACGGCAGCGACGGCGCGUUCCGAGCCCAGAUUGGCCUGCCAGGACACCAAGUACCACGCUGGGCUACCGGGACAAAGCUCCGCUAUGUCAUUUGUGCCGAGACGUUUCCCCAUCCCGAGGACGCAGCCCUUGCAGCGAGCAACCUCGCCCAGGCCAUCGACCAGUUUGCAGAUGUUCCCGUCACCUUUGAGGAGGUGACCCGCAACACCAAGGCCCACUUCCGCGUGGUCUACAAGGAUCCUGUCUGCGCAGACGAAGCCAACGUCCUUGCAAGCGCCUUCUUCCCCAACAGGGGACCCCGCAACAAACGCACUCUUCACAUCUACGCCCUGGCUUUCCGCAAAAGGCAUAUCGGAAGCCAGGUGCAGGUUCUCGCCCACGAGGUUGGCCAUAUCUUGGGUCUGAGGCACGAGUUUGCCCCGGAGUCAGCAGAAUGCCGCUCGUUUACCUACGGCCGCCGCAACCCCGAUAGCAUUAUGAGUUACCCCGCCGAUUGGAGCACAGCCAAGGUGACGCAGCAGGACAUUGAUGAGCUGAGGGGUUUAUACUUGGACACACGCCUAUUUCUCCAGGACGACGCCGGUGAUGACUGGCACUUCCAAACCAUCACCCCGCACCCGUUUUUGUACCCUUACGAGAACACGCGCAGAAACUGGGGCUUUAUGGCAGCCUUCUGGUCGUUUAGGCGGUUCCAGAGGCACCAACAGGGAAAUGCCACCGCACGUUAGAAACAGGUGGUGGUGAUACUUCCAAUGUCUUAAUUAGUUGAUCUUGAAGGUUUACGACUGGCUAUGUGUAUAAACACUAGUAUAUAUGCAUUUACAUCUAUUCUGGCAAUGUUGGAAAAGCGGGGGCUUGAGUGGAUUGCAUUAGGUUGGUGGGACGGCUGGGGCUUGUGGUGAGAAAUGCAGUGAUGAGUAAUAGAAGCGUGGAGUUUGGGUAUCGUGGGGUUCAUGCAAGCAAGCGUGCAUACAGCAGGUUGGUUACUGGGCAUUAGGUUAGGUUUUUCGCUUCGUGUACUCGGCAUCUGCUGGAUUUUGUUCUCUUCAUCUGGGUCUAUAACACUCGUUUACUGCACGACCACAAUUUAUGGAGGUAGCUUGGGUACUUUA